AUGCUCGACAAGGUGGAGGAAUUGACCCAGAUCUGCGAGGAAUAUCGGCAAGCCACCGCGGUGGUCUGGGGCAUGUCGAUCCGCUUUGCGGGGGAGGAAUGGGAUGGCUGUGACGAUGAGGGAAUCAUCGGGGAUGCGAUUACGCAGACACAGGAGUGGAUGCAGCUGAAUGACCGUGACCACCAGGUAGAGGGCAUCGUCGCCCCCAAAGACCAGCUGCCCCGUUACUUUGCCAAGUCGGGUCCCACCGAUGCGGAUCCACGUAAGACCAAGAAGGAUGGUGGCGGCAAGGGCAAUUGGGGCCGCUCCGGAGACGAAGUCCAGGAUUAUGGCUACACCUUCACCAAUGCCAGGCGCCGCUCCAACAGCAGCACCCAAGGCCUGGCCGAUUUUCGCACCAAGUUCGAGACCGUCGAUCCGGAGCCGGUCUUUGAGGAGCAGUUCCACGGCCCCUCGGAUGAGGUCCUGGCCAACGAAGCCACCGUCACCAAGGUGGACACCAGCAGCAGCAAUGACAGCGAGACCGACAACGGGGGAAUGCGUCUCUAA